AUGGUAGCAGCAGAGGCAAGUCAUUCAGAAGCUAUGUAUCUCUACGGUAUGAUUCUGAUUAAUCAAGGCCAAUUGACCGAGGGUGAAAAGUUCAUCAAACGGAUUUGGAAACAGAAAGGAUUUCAAGCAUUUAGAACCUGUUUGGUGAACUGCAAGCCGAUUCUCCUAGAGAUAUCUGUGAGAGACUACAUAAUUCUUGAUCAAUUGCUUACCGUCAUGGAAGUCGGAGAUGAUUGCAUUGCCGGUGAAUUCGAUGAUGUCUGCGAGAACUGCAUUGUCUACAAGGAGAUUUUUCGUUUCAUCGACUACAUGGAUCGUGUCUAA